UGUAUGCUCCCCCGUCCGCCUAGGAUGGGCUUCUUCGAUGACGUGAACCCGCGCAUGCGCAGCACGGCGGGCCAGACGCUGAAGAUCUCGUGCGACACCGGGUUCGUGCCGUCACCCUCUGACGUCAUGACCUGUCGGGCCGACGGCACCUGGACGGAGGUGUCCUGCGUCGAGGAGGGCGAGGCCUGCUAUGGAGAGGAGGAAACCGUCUUCUUUAACUUUGACCGACUUGGCCUGUGCGACCUCCCUCCCGUGCCGUUAUUUGGGUACUUUGUCGGAGUGAACCCCGCCGACACCUACGCGCUGGGAGACGCCCUGACUGUGGAGUGUAACGCCGGGUACCUCGCCGUGCCUUCUAACGUCAUCACCUGCCAGGCGGACGGGUCAUGGGGGCCCACUGUCAGCUGUUUCGAUGCUGACGCUCUCAUGGCUGGACCAGUGAUGAUGGACAUGGCUUUUGAAGAAGCCAAGCCAGACGAGGUGACCCCUCCCCCACUGGUGGUACCUGACAAGAUGUGCGCUUUCCCCAUUACACCUGCGUUCGGACACAUGCAGGUGAGCGGUAUCAACAUCGGCGCCACCGCUACCUUCUGGUGCGACGCAGGGUUCUCACUGACCGGUGCAGGCACCAUUCACUGCGAAGACAAGGGGCAGGCUACAGGGUCCUGGUCGGAUCUGUACCCUCGCUGUACCCGAGGAAACGACGAGGUGGUCACCCUCCAGACUCCCCCCAACAAGGUCUGCGCUUUCCCCAUCACUCCUGCACAUGGGCACAUGACGGUUACAGGCACUAACAUCGGUGCCACGGCCACGUUCAGCUGCGAUCCAGGCUUUACUCUGACCGGUGCAGGCACCAUUCACUGUGAAGACCAGGGGCGGCCUAUGGGGUCCUGGUCUGAUCUGUACCCUCGUUGCACCCCGGCUGCUGACCAAGCUUUUGGAGGUGCCGAGGACGAGGUGAUAUUUUUGCCGCCAAUCCAGACCCUUCCCCCCAACAAGGUCUGCGCUUUCCCCAUCACACCUGCACACGGACACAUGACGGUUACAGGCACUAACAUCGGCGCCACGGCCACCUUCAGCUGUGACCCGGGGUUUACCCUGACCGGUGCAGGCACCAUUCACUGUGAAGACCAGGGGCGGCCUAUGGGGUCCUGGUCUGAUCUGUACCCUCGUUGCACCCCGGCUGCUGACCAAGCUUUUGGAGGUGCCGAGGACGAGGUGAUAUUUUUGCCGCCAAUCCAGACCCUUCCCCCCAACAAGGUCUGCGCCUUCCCCAUCACACCUGCACACGGACACAUGACGGUUACAGGCACUAACAUCGGCGCCACGGCCACCUUCAGCUGCGACCCUGGGUUUACACUGACCGGUGCAGGCACCAUUCACUGUGAAGACCAGGGGCGGCCUAUGGGGUCCUGGUCUGAUCUGUACCCACGUUGCACCCCGGCUGCUGACCAAGCUUUUGGAGGUGCUGAGGACGAGGUGAUAUUUUUGCCGCCACUCCAGACCCUUGCCCCCAACAAAGUGUGCGCCUUCCCCAUCGUCCCUGCAAACGGACACAUGACGGUUACCGGCACCAACAUCGGCGCCACGGCCACCUUCUGGUGCGACGCAGGAUUCUCAAUGACCGGUGCAGGCACCAUUCACUGUGAAGACAAGGGGCUGGUCACUGGGUCUUGGUCUGACCUGUACCCACGUUGCACCGCAUCUGAACAAGCCUUUGCAGGCGGACAGGAAGAGAUCACCUUCGUCCCUGAGGAGCAGGUUACCUGCGCGCUGCCCUCCCCUCCCCUGUACGGGUACUUCCUCCUGCUGAACCCCCCCGCCGUCUCCGCAGUGGGCGAGUCCGUCGUCAUCGAGUGCGACACUGGUUACGUCACUUCCCCCUCCAACACCAUCACCUGCCUGGAGGACGGGACGUGGGGACCGACCGUCAGCUGCGUCAAUGAAGACUCUAUCAACCAAGCAUUCGGAGGUGGAGACGAGGUUGUCACUGCCCCUCCACUUGUGGUACCUGACAAGGUGUGCAUGUUCCCCAUCACACCUAUGCACGGACACAUGCAGGUUAGCGGCAUGAAGAUCGGAGACACGGCCACCUUCUGGUGCGACGCUGGCUUCUCACUGAUCGGUGCAGGCACCAUUCACUGUCAAGACAAGGGGCAGUCGACUGGAUCCUGGUCCGACUCCUUCCCUUACUGCGCCGCCGAUGCAGCCUUUACCGGUGACGAUGAGGUGUUCACCCAGCCUGGUUGCCGGGACCCUGACAUGGGAGACCGGCUGUACCUGGUGGGGCAGUCCUGGGGCAAGCACGUUCGCGGCGUCACCUACAGCUGCGAGUGCGAGGCCGACCAGCAGUUCUCCUGCAGGGAGGGGUCAGGCAUCGACUGGGCAGCCCUUGGAUUUGACCUUCAGCACCCCCCACAGGCUCAGGCCUUCUCAGCUGGUUCCCCGAUAGCAGUAGAGGCGACCUCGGGAUGCUUCGACCCGGACAUGGGCCACUCGUUCGAAACCGGGAGCCGCUGGGCCAAGGCGGUGUCCGGAGAGAUCCAGGUGUGCGAGUGCCAGGCCGCCGGGCGCGGGGGACAGCGGCUAUCCUGUCAUCUGGCGGGAGACGCCCAGGUCAGGUCCGGUCCUCUGCAGCUGGAGGCCUGCUAUGACGAGGAGACCGGACAGGCCUACCUGAUCGGGCAGCACUGGAUCGAGGGCCGACUGAACAAGGUCUGCCACUGCGUCCCUGGCGACAACAUCGUCUGCCAAUAGAACACAAACCCCCAAACAUCGACACAGAUCUCCGCUUUACAAAGAGCGGUUUGUAUCUGCUGUAUCUGUACCUGUAUCGGUAUAGCCAGUAUAACCGCCCUUCGGCGUAACACACCACAAAUCGACCCCGUUUCCGUCGUAAAAGUGACGUGACGCUAAAUUAUGAUCAGUUAAUAUGAAAUCGCAGUUCGGAGUGUGACUGUAAGGACGCCUACCGGUUUCUUUACAAACUGCAACUGACGUGAACGUAUAUUAUUGAAUCAUGGCACCAGAAAUAGAGAAUGCAAAAGUCCUGUAUAAUGAAUUGACCUCCAGAAAUAAAAUCUUGAUGUGAACAGCU